AUGACCAAUUCCAACCACGAGCAAGAUAUAGCGUCUGAAGUGCCCCAAAUGGGUUCAUCAUACACACCUUCCGAAAGCGACUCUCUCUUCUCUACCCCUAUGGACCAGGACACAGAGCAAUGGACUGUGCCCGAUGCUAGCCCCCCUUCCGCUCAGCCUGAAGCCGACUCUUGUCGGCCACUAACCCAUGAACUAGUGCGCCUUGAUCACGAGAACGGUGAGCGACCGCCUCAUACGUCAGAGGUCUUUCGGCUUUACGCAGCCCUUUGGGACACUUACAAUAAGAGAACUGCUGAAUUGCGUCGUCUUGAGGAAGAAAAUUACAUGCUUCGUUCGGCGAACAUUCAAUUCUGCCAUCAACUUCAAGCUCUUGAACGUCGCAGUAUUGACCAAGGGGCAAUGUUGGCAUUUUCAGAACAGGGAUUGGAAAACUUUCGAAAGGGAAUCAGCGCCGUUCUCGAGGCAUGGGAGAAUAAUCCAUCCAAUACUGGCUCAGUAUGA